AUGCCCCUCCCCGCCCUCCAAUCCUACCUCCCCAACCUCCAACACCCCUCCACCCGCACCACCCUAGCCGCAACCGCAACAGCCCUAACCAUCCUCCUCCUGCCCCCCCUCCUCGCCCGCGCCAUCCGCUCCUACAACGGCUUCAUCGCCCUCGGCCCAGGCGGCAUCCCCCACAACCUAGCCGGCUGGCUAGCACAGGCCUGUCUUCGCCCCUUCGCCCGCUCCGACCUCUCCGACGCGUCCCACUACUCCCGCCCGCCCGUGCUGGCCGCGUCGGGCCCGCUGACCGGCAGCUCGUUCCUCGGAUCAUCAUCGCCGCUGCCCGAGAGGAGGGGCGGCCCGCCCGUGGUUCCGGGAUACGUCGCGCCGCAGAGGCAGGUCACGGAGCGGGCGGGCGCGGAGACGAGGGCGCGCAUGGAGGCGUUCGUGGGGGCCGUUGCGGGGGAGAAUCAGGGGGUGCUGGAGGUUGCGCCGUCGGGGCUCGAGGGGGCGUGGAUGCCGGCGCUGUGGCUGCGUGGGGCGCCGGGCCGCCGCCGGGGUUCCGUGCCGGGGUUCUUGGGGAUGACGAAGGGGGAGAUUGUGCAUGUGCAUGAUGAGGGGAGCACGCAUGUUACGCUCAGCCCGGCGGAUGCGGCGGAGGUUCUGAGGAAGGGGUGGGGAUUGAGGCAUCCCAUGAGUGGUGUGAGGGGGUGGCUGCCGUGGAGUUAUGUGUUGGUGUAUGCCCCCCGGGACCGCGAGGAGUUUGAGGUCUGGAUGCGGCUGGUGGUGGCGAGCUGCUCGUUUGUGGUGUCUAGCGCCCACGGGCAGGCGAAGGAAAUCAAGUAUGUGUGGGAAGACAGUGAAUGGUAG